AUGAAUGUGACAGCUCUCAGUAGGGAUUUCCAGGAGGAGAAGCGUUUGAAGUGCUCUGAGAGACUUGAGCCCAUCAUCCACAUAGAAAUCUCUCUCCACAAACUGUUGAGUGUCUGCUACGUGGUAUUGCUCACCUUCUUGAGUGGCUCGACUGAGCCUGUAGAUGGCGACGGCCGGAGAUCUGCAGCAUCACAUCACAGAGAAGUUUUUGUACGAGUGGUAAUAGGGAUUGUAUCACUGUGGUGUACUUUUGGUAGCGGCACCAGACUAGAUGUUGGAAGUAACAGUGCUCCCACCCUCACCGUCCUGCCCCCAUCUAGUGAGGAGCUGUCCAGUACAACAACAGCCACACUGACGUGUCUGGCCAACAAGGGCUUCCCCUCAGACUGGACCAUGAACUGGAAAGUGGACGGGACUAGCAAGAUCCAGGAGGCCAGUCCCAGGGUCCUGGAGAAGGACGGUUUGUACAGCUGGAGCAGCACCCUGACUCUCACUGCCCAGGAGUGGACCAAGGCAGGAGAGGUGACCUGUGAGGCCCACCAGAUCUCCCAGCCUACAGUCACCAAGACCCUGAGGAGGGCUGACUGUUCUGGGGAGGACCCAUCAGUCACACACCCUGUAGAGAUAGGAUGCUGGUUCCUCUGCUUUGACUUGCUUUGUUCUAAGAUCAGUCAUUCUCUGAUUUAG